GAAGAACAAGAAAAAAAAAAAAAAAAAAUCAAUAAAUUAGAAAUUUAAAAAAAUGUGGCUCGUAACUAUAAUCCACAAUAUCAGUAAUAUGAAAUUGUAAUAACAAUAAUUUGUAUAUAUAUGUAUUAUAAUGAACCUUUUCUGUCCAAGAUAGGCUGUAUUAGAACGUUUCUCAUUGGAUGGAAAUGAAAAGAAUGAAAUUCAAUAAAUAUGCUGCAUCCAAUGUGCCUUUUUUUGGAUUUUCGUUCAUUCGCAGACUCUUAAAAAAUGCCUCCUCAAGCAUCUGGGAAAGCUGUAAAGAAGGCCGGAAAGGCACAGAAAGCUGUCCGAGCUGGUGACAAGAAAAAGAGGAAGAAGCGCAGGAAGGAAUCUUUCGCUAUUUACAUCUACAAAGUUUUGAAACAAGUUCACCCCGACACUGGCAUCUCGAGUAAGGCUAUGUCUAUCAUGAAUUCAUUCGUUAAUGACAUCUUCGAAAGAAUUGCAGCUGAAUCUUCUCGCUUAGCUCAUUACAAUAAGAGGAGUACUAUCACUAGCCGAGAAAUACAAACUGCAGUACGUCUAUUGUUGCCUGGUGAACUGGCAAAACAUGCUGUUUCGGAAGGAACCAAAGCUGUCACCAAGUACACCAGCUCUAAGUAAAUUUUCAAAGCUUUACCCAUCAAAAAAGGCCCUUUUCAGGGCCAGAAUAUGAUAAAGGUUAGCUGUUACCUGCUUAUCCUUAAAUCACUCAUUGUUCAAUUUAUAAUUUCAUAUUGGCAUUUUUAAAAUUAAUUCACACUCUUUGCAAAAGAAAUCGAUCAUAUAUAUUUCAGCUCUACAAGUCAUCAUCUUUAUCCUCAUUGCUCUGCAUCCAAUUUCUUAUCUUCAAAAUGAGGAUCUAAUACACACACAAUAACCGAAUAAGGAAAAAUUGUACUUUAGCAGUUAGUCCCAGCUCACUUAUAUACACACUGCUUUCCGGAAAUCAGCCUUAAUACAUUUCAAUGCAGGUGGUUUUUCAUAAGUUUGCUAUUUAUCAAAAUGUAUGCAUAUCAGUGUCGUAGUUUUCAGGUGUACGUAUCACGAAUCGUUUCACUAGCUCAGUCACAGCCUUUCUCCGAGUAACUGGAACGAAAACAUUCAACGGUAUGCAAAGCAUAGCAAGUGCUGGCGGGACAGGAAACUGGCUAGCCUGCCCAGACGGGACAGUGGUUAGCGAAGCUAACUGCCGGGCCGGAAGGCCCGGGUUCGAAUCCCAAAGGGGGGCAGGAAGGAAGGAAGGUAGGGGGUGGGGUGGGGAUAUCAUCUGGAUGAAAUUUCUUCUCCGCAAAUAAAUCAUAUUUUUUUAAUUAAAAAAAAUUUAAUUAAAUAUUUAAAAAAUUCAGCUUUUGCCGGUUUAUAAUUAAUAAACUCUGAUGCAUCACAAAAUGCUAUCUUUCUGUCACUGCUUUGCUUUCAUAAAUCCUCGCAUGUUUCGCAAACGGUUUGACCACAGCCUUUCUCCGAGCCUAUCGAAAGAAUACAUUCAACAAAGGUAAGAUAUAAGGAACAUUUCAUUCUCUUCGUGGCCACAUUUAUAAUUUAUAGACUUAUUUUUCACAUUUGCCGCAUUAGAAAAUACAGUCGUUUCCUCAGUUUCAGAACAUAUCAUUUCCUUCGUUGCCACAUUUAUAAUUUGUGGACUUACUUGUCGCAUUAGAAAAUACAUUCGUCUCCUCAUCGACUUCAAAAACUUUUCAUUCACUUCGCUAUCGCAUUAGAAAAUACAGUCGUUUCCUCAGUUUUUCAUUGAUUCUACAACUUAAUACAAAUGUGACAUUUCUGAAACCAUUUUUCAUUAAAAAAACCAUAUUUAAACAUUU